AGUACCACGUCAGUUCCAGAACGGUUCCAGUUCGUACGGAUCCCAGAGGAUUCUCGAUGAAAAACUGAUAUUCGGUCUGUUUGUUAUUAAAUAUUUGACGUUACGCAAUGAGUUUGUUGUGGUAGUAGAUUUUUCCAAACCCAAAAAGAGUGAAUAACCCAAGUAAUAAGUUAUGUCCGUUUUCUUCGUUAACGCAAAUCAAGAGAGUGAAGAAAUUGAAGGAGAUUCAAAUGGCGAUCUACAAAUUGCUUCACCUGGGAAUUCAGAAGCCCAGCAAGCAUUGGGUCAAUUUUGGCCCAAAGUUACAGAGGAGAUCAAGAAAAUAACCACCAUGGACCUCAAAACCCAAUCUUUACCUCUGGCAAGGAUAAAGAAGAUUAUGAAAUUAGAUGGAGAUGUAAAAAUGAUCAGCGCCGAAGCUCCAAUGUUAUUUUCAAAGGCUGCAGAAAUAUUCAUCCACGAAUUGACACUACGAGCAUGGGUUCAUACAGAAGACAACAAGAGACGUACCCUGCAAAGAAACGAUAUUGCCAUGGCAAUCACAAAAUACGAUCAGUUUGAUUUUCUCAUAGAUAUUGUCCCUAGAGACGAAUUGAAACAGACCAAAGCCCAGAAUGACAAUUCUGUGCGAACCUCCAUGAACUCUGAUCAAGUCCACUACUACUUUCAACUAGCUCAGCAACAAGCCUCUGCGAAUCAAGGUGUUCAGAACAACGGUUCAACUUCUCAACCCAUACAGAUUGUACAACCUUCCACUGGGCAAAUUCAAACUAUCAAUAUAGGCAGCCCCGUUGAACAGGAUAAUUCCACAUCGAGUUCGGGACAAACAGUGACAGUAACAAGUCCACAAGCUUCAAGUGGUCAGCAAGUUAUACAAUUACAACAGACGCAACAAUCGCCCACUUCACAAGCAGGGGGAAUCCAAAUAGUACAACAAAUUGUCACACCUAGUGGAGAAAUACAGCAAAUACCUAUUCAACUGACGCCACAACAGUUGCAAAUGAUCCGAAUGCAAGUCCAAGGAGGCAGUAAUCAACCCAUCAUCAUACAAGCUGCCCCGAUACAAGCUCAACCACAAUUAAUCCAAGUCUCUCAAGGCGGCCAGACACCUGUGUAUCUACAAACAACUAGUAAUGACAACGAAUAAAUUGAAUUUUAAUCUAAAUGCAUAAUUUUACACUAAAUUCUAUUAGCUCUACGGAAGAAGAUGACUCUACUGUUUAAGUAAUAAAAAUUUUCUAAGUA